AAAUACAUGUCGGAAAAUAGCUAAAAACCAUGUGCAAAUUCCCAAGGAAAAGUUUGCUACCUCACAAAUGUGUCCACAUUGUGGAUGUUUUUGGAAUGACAGUGAAUAUAGCCUUAAAUUGAUACCAAAGCAAUUGAAAAAUAGCACGAAAGCAAAAAAAUUAAUAGAUAAAUUGGAACAAGUUCAAGGUACUACUGGCCAAGUUUUGAAGAAAAAACAAAAAAAUCGUGCAAAAUGGUUAAAGAAAAAGAUUACCAAUCAUUUGGCUAUUAAUUGUUAUCAGUGCAAACGAAAAUCUUUAUUAAAAAUGGAAGUUCCCAAAUAUAAAACUCGAAAGGAGUUAGUAAGUGAAAAAGUUCAAAUUGAAAAAGAAGCACCCGUGUUAAAUUCUGGAAAAAAGUCUGAAAAACAACAUCAGCAGAUAAGUAAUAAAGGCUGUAAUUCACCAAGUACAUUGCAAUCCAAAUCCAAAAAAGAAAAAAUAGGAAAUAAAUCACAAAAUAUAACCAAAUCCAAGAAUAAAAAACAAGCCAAUUCGGAUACAACGAAUAAAGUUAUUUCUAAAACACAAAAACAGAAUUCUCUUCUACAAUUGGCUGCUUUACUUCAAAAACAAUCAAAGGAUGAUUCUAAGAACUCUGCUCAGAAGAGACUACAGUCAUUUUUAAAGUAAAGAAGUCAUGCAUAGAUCCCAGAACAAGUGGCGCUGCAGGAGGCCAAUAACAUAAAAUCAACAUGAAACCUUAAAUUAUGUACAUGUAGUUAAUGCCUGUUGGUCUGUUAGUCAAUAUCUUCCUGUUAUACAAGAAAUAUAUUGUAAAGUGAAUUAAUAAAAUAUUUAAUAAAUACUUAAGAACUUCAUAAUCGUGUACAAGUGCUCCAAUUCAUAUCAUCUAAAUAAUAAUAAUAAUAAUACCUUAAUAGCAAAAUAAUAUUUGCUUUUAAAUUUAAAUAAACGUGUGAAAAUACAUUAACAUUAACGUAUGUAUGUACAUUUUGUACAAGUGUAUUAAUAUAAAAUUAAAAAAAAAAUCUGAUUAAAUAUUUCUACUAAAUGUAGUUUAUUUAACAUCUUAACGUUAAUUAUAGGUGAUACACCAUAAAUAAGUUUUUUUAAAAAAUACCUAAAUAAUAAUAUAAAACAAUAAUAAAAAUAAUAUACAGUUUAAAAUAAACCACAAUGGAUUUGGAUAUAAUACAAUCGACCAAAGAAGGUGAAAUCACGCAAUUUUUAUGCGAUGUUCGAGAUUAUUUCAGAGCUUCAUUAGCAACCUCAGAGUAUGAAAAUACAUCAAAUAUGUUCUAUUUGACUGCAUCGGACUCAACCGAACAACUUUUAAAUCGUUGUGAAUGUCUAUUGAAUCGGUUAAAUAACCAAAAUCAAAAGACGUCAUCAAAUGGGAAGAGUUCAUUUUCACCGUUACAUCAACAAUGGCAAUCGAAUCGCGAUAAAAUUAAUGUAGAUGUUAAACAAAAUCAGAAUGCAACAGAAGAAGUUUCAUAUCUCGAUAUGUCAGCAUCACAUUAUAAUAAAAGUGCUAAAUCUCCAGUGGGAAAAAUCGUAGACUUUAACAGUUCUGGAGAUAGCGAUAAAACAUUUCGGUGUUCUACACUUGUCGUAAGGCAAAACAAAAGCUUUUUACAUCGCAUACACGAUACCAUGACAACAACUACAGACGAUGAAACUGAUGCGGAAGAUGAGGAUAACGAGAAUCAUAAUGGCAACAAAAUUAAUCAUUUUGAAGAUGAUCCGCAGAUCUAUGAUAUAUGUCAAGUAACGACCCAAGGUUCAGAUGGUGAAGAAGAUGAUAUAGGGCUGGAAGAGACACAGAAAGCUAUUACACCAGAUUCUCACUUUUCACUGCCAAAUAUUGAUUGUCCUUAUAUGGACUUGCCAGCAGGCCAUUUGUCUAUCAAGAAAUCAACAAAAUACGGCCAAUUGCUGCGAAUUGAGAAAAGACUGUUUUUUGAUCAAAGCAAGAAAUAUUAUUGCGGCAUAUUAAACGAUUGGUUGCUUUGUUAUGCCGAUGGACCAACCUCGAAUAGACCGACAAUCAGUCUGUAUUUAAAAAUACCAUCUAUUGAAAUAGAACAUUUUGGAGAAGGCAAACGGCGAGAUGUUUGUUUUCAAAUUACAACUUGUGAUCCCAGCAAAAGAUUUGUUUUUCAAGCUGUAAAUGAAAUAGAUGCCAAAGAAUGGAUACAUGCCGUAGAAGCGGCUAUAAGGAGUGAUGUAAGUGGCAUAGAAGUAAGAAACUCAAAUACACGUAAACUUCCCACGCCACCGGUAAUGAAAAAACUAACAUUCUUAAACACUUUUCAAAGAGGUAAUGAAACUCUAUCUACUACUACUUCUAAUGAUUGCAUAUAUGAGGAACCAUCGCCCACUCAUCAAUAUGUAACAAGUCCUAGUUCAGAGAAAGACCAAAGACCAGAAUUGCCUCAUAAGCAAAGCAAUCCUUUAGCUUUGGCCAAUCAAUUCGAAUAUGAUGUUCCCAAGUGUCCACCGCAACCAUUAAAUUAUAAUUCCAAUAAUGACAUCCUGUUGAUAAAUCCCUAUGAAAAUAAUGCAAAUAGUGCGCCAUCACCACCACCAUCUGUCGCACAAAAGACGUGUUCGAAAAUUGAAGAAAAUUUAGAUUUUCAGGCCAAGGUUAAAGAUGUCCACAGCAAAUUAACUAGUCAAUUGUCCAGUGGUCCAAAUAUUAAGAAAUCACUUAAAAAAUCAGUACUAUCGUCAUCUCAAGGUGAUGCUGAAUCUAUUGUUACGUCCAAUACAUCAAUAUCAUCACCCCCCAUAUCGCCAUUGCCUACAGCUUCAGAAUUGAAAAAGCAAAAGAAAACAUCAACUCCCCCAAAUAGCCCACAAAAAACACCCAAUGAAAAGUCAUCGUUUGCCAAAAAUUGGUUCCUAAAUAGGCUAAAUAAAACCACCUCUUCUACAAGAUCCAAUCCAUCGUCUCCCUCAAAUUCUCCGUCUAAAUGUAAACAGAGUGAAAAGGAAAAUCUUCUUAACUCUACGUCAGACGUAUGCGAUGGGUACGAUAUGAGCAGCAAUCCCGUGUCCCCAAUACUGCAGUCUUCUUCUCCAACAAGUGGUAAAAGUAAAGUUAAUAUGAUAAUCAAUCAGCUAGAGGCUAGUGGUCAUUUGGCAUCAAUGUUUAGCGUAGAUGCUGUUGCUUCAUUUAGUUCCUUUUGUGACAAUGAUUGCAAUAACUAUGAACCUAUUAUGACCAUUUCAUCGCCUCCCUCUAACCUAUUGAAAAAAGUUUAGUUUUCACCUAAACGUAAGAAUCAUCUAGUUGUAAGUAAUAGGAGUUUUAUGUACAAAAUACAAAUUUUAAAAAAUUGUUUUCAAAAUAAAAUUGCAUUGCAGUAUAAUCCUAUACAUAUAAUACUCGCAGCGUCUUUGUCUUUUACAGUUUUUUUUUUAUUUAUCUCUGACACCAAACAAUUGA